AACUCCAGAAAUUAUUCAAUCGAUAUUGAAUAUUUGCUACAGAAAGAUUACGUGUGAUUUUUUUAAACGAAUGAACCUUAGAAUAAAGUGCAGAAUCAACGCUUUUGCAUUUACGUGCGUGUUUUUUUUAUUUAAAGUCACACAGCUGCAAGAUGUCUGGUUUAAUUAUUUUACUUUCAAAAUGUCCUCCUGCUCACCCGUAAGAAUUGCUUCGCGGGAGUCACAGUGCGCGCUGAUUGGACUUCCCGCGCCGACCCACCGCUGAGCUCCGCUUUAGAGCACCUCCGAGCUUUUGUGCCGAGAUCAAAGGCAGAUUCAGGGAGGUCACAGUGGAGAAAAGGCGGCGGAGAAAUGGGAGGAAAUCUGUCUUUGCACGCGUCUUGUGGGAUGAAGAGGAGCAGGUAAGAAGAGAAAGGACACAGGAACGCGCCUGUCUCCGUCCUCACGAGGAUUUAUCCGUCCACCGUUCAGGAUGUGUGUCUCACCGGGGGCUUCUGGGUGAGAUUUCGCCACAGUGCCGCCUCGCUGCGCGCAGCUCCAUCAGCGUCGUGGUCCGGCGCGCGGACAGGACGUGACAAAUCGGUGAAGAAUGUGCUUCGCCGUUCGUCCCUGACCCUGGGGACACCUGGAGAAUAUGGAAUAAAUCUCUUAAACAAUUCCCAUCCCUUCCCCCAGCGGGAGGUGGAUGGACUUUUGCGUAAAGAUGUGUGAACAAGAGACUCGGUGUAACUUCAUACGUCACACGUGAUCACCACAGCAACUAAUUGUCUCCGUUAAGGAGCGGACUUUACCUGCGUGCUCGUGGAACUUGGAAAGAGGAAGAGGUGCGCGUCAUGUUAGGUCUUGGACACACCGGUACCGACUGUACCUGCGGGACAUAGAACAUCAGCUGGGACUCUGAGGGGCAGCUGUGAGCUGAGCGGGCCAGUGAUGCCUGACACGUUAGCGCUGAUCAAGAACCGGACAGAGCCGCGGCUGGGGCAGCUGGAACGCAGCCUGGCCACGGAGGCGACCGCCCGCCCCGCCUGGGUCAUUGCCAUCCUGGCCAGCGUUCUGAUCUUCACCACGGUGGUAGAUGUGCUGGGGAACCUGCUGGUCAUCAUCUCGGUGUUCAGGAACCGCAAACUGAGGAACGCAGGUAAUGUGUUUGUGGUGAGUCUGGCAUUUGCAGACCUUGUGGUAGCCUUCUAUCCCUAUCCCUUGGUCCUUUACGCUCUCUUCCAUGAUGGUUGGGCGCUUGGAAACACUCAAUGCAUGGUCAGCGGUUCCUUGAUGGGGUUGAGUGUCAUCGGCUCCAUCUUUAACAUCACGGGGAUUGCAGUGAACAGAUACUGCUACAUCUGUCACUCGUUCUCCUACAGCCGCCUGUACAGCUACCGUAACACUUUGCUGUUUGUUGCCUUAAUUUGGGUGCUUACAGUUGUGGCCAUCGUCCCCAAUUUCUUUGUUGGUUCUCUACGCUACGACCCACGGGUCUACUCCUGCACCUUUGCUCAGAACGUCAGCAGUUCCUACACUGUGGCGGUGGUGGUGGUUCACUUUCUGGUGCCCAUCGCAGUGGUUACCUUUUGUUAUCUCCGCAUUUGGGUUCUUGUGAUUCAGGUGCGGCGUAAAGUUAAGACUGACGACAGCCCCCGCCUCAGACCAAGUGACUUGCGGAAUUUCAUCACAAUGUUUGUAGUAUUUGUGCUGUUCGCCAUCUGCUGGGCCCCUCUUAACCUGAUCGGUUUGGCUGUGGCCAUAGAUCCAACACGUGUGGGACCCCGCAUCCCCGAGUGGCUCUUUGUUGUGAGCUACUUCAUGGCGUACUUCAACAGCUGUCUGAAUGCCAUCAUCUACGGUUUACUCAACAGGAACUUCAGGAACGAGUACAAACGCAUUGUCACCUCAGUUUGGGUGACCCGGCUUUUUGUGACGGAGACAUCACGCGCUGCUACAGACGGCAGGAGCAUGAGGAGCAAGCAGUCGCCCCCUCCGCCACUCAACAAUAACGAGUCGGUCAGAGACCGUGCAAACAAAGAAUGAACGUUGGAAUAUGUGGUGGUAAUUCCUGUUUUUUUUUUUAUGUGACAACCAGAUAGUUGUGCAGCUAACGAGUAACAAGUACGAAACUGAAAAACAUGGCUUUGUUUUUUACCUAAGAGAAGUGAUAUUUAAAUAACAGUAAGAAAUUUUAAAAGGGUUAAUUCCACAGGUUUUGGGGGUAAAAAUUUGUUUGUUUUUUUAAGUGUAAUUUGUAUCCACGAAGCCCUAGAGAUGUUAUGUCCUGCAAGAACUGAGCUAUGCAUUGCAGUUUCAGGCUGUUGUUACUCCAACGAUCCAAAUGGUACUUUAAGAUUACAGUGAAAAUGUGAUAUCCUUUAAUGUCUGCUGCUGAGAACUUUUAGGCAUAUUUCACAAAAACGGGGUGACCACCACUAGUAAACACACGUCUUUUUAGUAACUUCAAAAGCCUCAAACAGUUAAACUCGCCUUGCCUGAAUGCUGUAAAUUAGUAAAAAUGGAGGAGAUAUAAGUCUUAAUGAUAUCUGCAUUUUGAAUAGUGGCAGAUUGACACACAGAGCCUGAAUGCUGCAGUAGCAUAAACUUUAUAUUGCCUAGUUUGACCUUUUUGCACUGAAAAGAAAAGGAAACAAAACUUAGUAACAGUAGAAAAAUUCAGGAUCUUAAUUUAUUCAUGUUUGACUUGUUUUACAUGGCACCAAAUCAUGUACCAGGUGCUUACGGUAAACAUUGUUUCUAGUUGUGGAAGUCGUGUGCAUGUGAUGUAGUACGUGGAGGACACUUACAUGUCUGCUAUUGCUGCUGUUCUCAUCAGCUUACACUUGCAAAUAUACUGGCUGCUGAAUUUUGCCUUCAUGUAGCUUACAUUUAAACAUUAGGAAUUGUAAAAUUUAACCCUUUUGUGUAUUAAUUAUGACAAGUUCAGUCAAUGUUUUAAUUAAUCUUUAGCCUUGGGACUAUAAAACCACAUUUGCAUGAACCACUUUAAGGAUAGGAGCUAUUAAAUCACUGCUCUUGGCUAUGUUCAGACUAGCUGUUUCCUUGUCAACCUAAAUCUUUUUCUCAAAUCUGAGGUGAUUCAAGGAGCUAUAAGGAGCCUAAGUCUACUAUCUUUUCAGUUGGCUCGUGGGCCCCUUGACUGAAAAAAGUAAACAAAUAAAAUGAAUGUAAGUCAAUGGGGGCAUAAAAGUUCA